UCCACCUCAACUGGCAGUUAAAACUAUUUUAAAAAAUAGUAAAAAUUCUGGUUGUGAUAACUACAUCAUUCUUAUUGCUAAUGGACUUCAAGUGAUUGAUUUUUUACAAUACGCAGAAAGAGAAAGAUUGUUAAAUACACGGGGCUCUUUCCUUCUCAUGCACGAUUCAAGACUUUUUUAUCCUGACAUGAAAUACUUAUGGAAUAGAGUAAUAAAUGUUAUUUUCAUUAGACGAUUUAGCACACUCAGAUCACAAUCGGGAAAGAAGAUAAACUACGAAUGGUUUAAUCUUGAAACCGUUCAAUAUCCUACUCGUAGUAAAUAUUUUGUUAGAACUUAUUAUGUCGACACAUGGUACAACGGACGAUUCCGUUAUAGUAAAAACCAUUUUGUGGAUAAAACAACAGAUAUGUCGAGAAGCACGUUAAAAGUGGCUAUUUUCGAGCAUAUUCCAGCUAUUACAAUGAAUUCUAGAAUCUUAUAUAAAAACUAUUUGAACAAUAGUAUGAAGGCUUUGGGGAUAGAAUUCGAGAUGAUAAGAAUUAUUGCUGAAAAAAUAAGUUUUAAACCGAUAUUUUAUCGUCCUAAAAAUGUGGAAAUUACGAAGUGGGGGACGUUACAAAACAAUGGAAGUUACAAUGGACUUCUUGGUGAAGCGGUUCAAGCAAAAGCGGCAUUUCUUCUUGGAGAUCUUCAUUACACUCUUCUUCAUCAUAAGCUUAUUGAUCUUUCUUUUCCAUACAAUACUGAGUGCCUUACUUUCCUUACUCCAGAGUCAUUUUCCGAUAACUCUUGGAAGCUUUUGAUUAAUCCAUUUACGUAUGUAUUAUGAAAAAUAUAAAAACAAACAAGUCGGUAGUUAUUCUUUUAUCUUUUUACCGUCUACAAGCUCUUAAAAUUUGAUUGUGAUAAAAAAAAUUAGGGGGAACUUAUUUUUAGUAGUUUUGAAUUGGAUUGAAUGAGAUGUACCCAUCGGAAUUGUUUAUUGAUAA